GGGCUGCCUUUACCCGGUUCCAGACCCUGAGGCUUCAGAAGAUCUUCCCAGAGGUGUUAGCGGAACAGCUCAUCAGCUACGGGAGUUGCCAGUUCCCCACCCUGGGCUUCGUGGUGGAAAGGUUCAAAGCCAUUCAAGCCUUCGUUCAAGAAACGUUCUACAGAAUUAAAGUGACUCACGACCACGAAGAGGGUACCGUGGACUUCAGCUGGAAGAGACACCGUCUCUUCAGCCACACGGCGUGCCUUGUCCUCUACCAGAUGUGCAUGGAGGCGCCUCAGGCCACCGUCGUGGAGGUUGGAAGCAAACCCAAGAGCAAAUGGAGACCUCUUCCGCUGGACACUGUGGAACUUGAGAAAUUGGCUUCCCGUAAGCUGAAAAUAAACGCCAAGGAAACCAUGAAGAUUGCCGAGAAGCUGUAUACCCAAGGGUACAUAAGUUACCCCCGAACAGAGACCAACAUUUUCCCCAAAGACUUAAACCUCUCCCAGCUCGUGCAGCUUCAGACCCAAGACCCCCACUGGGGAGCCUUUGCGCAAAGGAUCCUGGACCAAGGUGGGCCAACCCCACGGCGGGGGACAAAAUCCGACCAGGCUCAUCCUCCCAUACAUCCCACCAAACACGCCGGGAAUCUGCAGGGCAACGACCAGCGCCUGUAUGAAUUCAUCGUCCGCCACUUCCUGGCCUGCUGUUCCGAAGACGCGAAAGGGCAGGAAACCACGGUGGAGAUUGAGAUUUCCAACGAGCGCUUCGUGGCUCACGGGCUGAUGAUCCUGGCCAGAAAUUACCUGGAAGUUUAUCCUUACGAAAGGUGGAGUGACAAGGUUAUCCCCCUCUACGAGCAGGGCUCCUGCUUCCAGCCCACCACGGUGGAGAUGGUGGAAGGGGAGACCAGCCCACCCCAGCUGCUCACCGAAGCGGACCUCAUUUCCCUGAUGGAGAAGCACGGCAUCGGAACAGACGCCACCCACGCGGAGCACAUCGAGACCAUCAAGUCCCGCAUGUACGUGGGGCUCACCCCAGACCAGCGCUUCCUUCCGGGACACCUGGGCAUGGGGCUGGUGGAAGGCUACGACUCCAUGGGCUACGAGAUGUCCAAACCGGAUCUUCGAGCCGAACUCGAAAACGACCUGAAGCUGAUUUGCGAGGGGAAGAAGGACAAAUCCGCCGUGCUCCGAGAGCAGAUCCAGAAAUACAAGCAAGUCUUCGUGGCCGCUGUGGCCAAGGCCAAAAAGUUGGAUGAGGCCUUGGCUCAGUAUUUUGGGGAGAUGACCCAGGUGGCGCAGGAGGAUGACAUUUACCCAGCGAUGCCCGAUCCGGUUAGGAAAUGCCCCCAGUGCAACUCUGACAUGAUCCUGAAGACCAAGAAGAACGGAGGCUUUUAUCUCAGCUGCUUGGGCUACCCUGCUUGUAAGUCCUCAGUCUGGUUUCCCGACUCCGUGCUGGAAGUCAGCAAGGACGAGUCUGUCUGUGGCAUCUGCAAGCCGCCUCCGGUGCAUCGGCUGAAACUGAAGUUCAAGCGAGGCAGCCUCCCCGCCAUGAUGCCCCUGGAGUUUGUGGGUUGCGUUGGCGGCUGCGAUGAAAAUCUCAGGCAGAUCCUAGACCUCAAGUACCUGCAAGGACCAGCCAGGGCUCCAACUCAGCCGAGGAAUCCCCCCAAGGAAGCCCCUGGCCCCCUUAACGGCACCGUCCACAGCCGUGGUCAGCGCCUGCUGGCUCCCGUGCCCCCUCCUCCUGUGCCGGCACACAGGGCUCCUCCUGCGCUCGCCAAUGCAGCCAGGAACGAUGCCGUGAUGUGCAACUGUGGCGAGGAGGCCCUGCUUCUCACCGUCCGCAAAGAAGGGCCCAACCAAGGCAGGCAGUUCUACAAAUGCAACACCGGCAGCUGCCGAUUCUUCCUCUGGUCCGACCAGCAGGAGCCCGACUGGAGGCCCAACGGGACAUCCGGUUUCCUGGCACCACCCCAGGGCUCUUCCCUGCCAGGGCAAAGGGGCUCCGCAGGGCCCCGGAGGGCGGGCUCUGAUCCCGGAGCCAGCGCUGGCCAAGGAGGCCCCCUCUGCAGGUGCGACCAGCCUGUGAUGAUCAGGACAGUGCAGAAAGACGGGCCCAACAAGGGGCGGCUGUUCCACACCUGCUCCAAGCCGCGGGAGCAGCAGUGCGGCUUUUUCGAGUGGGCGGAUGAGAGCUUGAGGCCAGCCGCCUCCACCUUUCCUCCUCCCAUGGGCGAGUGGGCCCAGCGGGGGCCUGGGGCCAAAGCGAAAAGGUCAGACAGCGACUCUUCUUUGAUGGCGCCUACGAAGAAACCAAGGACGUGCAGCGUUUGCCACCAGCCUGGCCACACCAAGACCACGUGUCCCCAGAAUCGCUGAAGCAGCGUGGGCCACGGACGAGAAAUGAGGGCCUUCUGGAAGGCUGGGCUUCCUCCUUGCAGGCUUCAAUUCUCCACCUUAAGUUUGAAAAUAUAGGUGGGACUGUGGAGGCAGGUGUUUCUCAACCGUGGCCGCUUGAAGGUGGGUGGACUUCAACUCCCAGAAUUCUGGGCACGGAAGGCCUCCCGUCUUCAAACAUGGUUGAGAAACACAACUUCAGACUGUAACACUAUGCUGAUGUUUUGAUUUUUAAAAGCUUUUCUUCUCUUCGGGAAUUUAAACGAGGAAGGGGCGUUUCUCAAAGACCUGGAACUCACUGUAGGACUGAUGCUUUCUUAGAGAACGUGCUUCCAAAGCCGAACAAACUUUUCCUCUAUACAAAUCCUAUUCCACCCUCCCUGUAACUGGAAUAACCAUAAUUUAUUCAAAAGGGAAAUAUGUGUGUACAAAACCCAGAGAGUUUAGUAUUUCUAAAAUUCCUCUCCUGCUCAAUGCUAUAUUCUUAAUGCUAAGGGCAGCUCCUGCCUGCUCUCAACGGAUGUGGAUAAUAUUUUUUUAAAUUAAAAUAUAUAUUUGGC